GUCACUUGUUUAUCGUUGUAGAUCUAUGUAAUACCAAAAAGGAGAAACUGCAGUUUUUAGCGUUAUUAGUGUGUGGUAUUUGAAGUUGCGGUUAGUACGUGAAAUUCUUUGGUAGAAUCUUCGCAAGUGAUUGUAUAUACUGGCCCUGUCCCUGUCAUCACUGACCGCGUAGCUGGAGGCUUUCAGUAUCAUGCUUGCAUCUCAGGCAGUUUUGUGUGAAGUGGAAUAGUUAUACCACUAACUUGCAAAAUGUGUUCCCACGACUUCUUUCCUCGGAACACUUCGUCGACCUCACUCUUGCGUGUGAAGGUCGGAUGAUAAAGUGUCACAAAGUCGUGCUGUCAGCAUGCAGCACAUAUUUCGAAAAGAUGCUUGUGAACAAUCCGUGUCAACAUCCAAUCAUAUUCAUGAAGGACAUGAAACACUGGGAGGUGCAAGCACUUGUUGAUUUUAUGUACAAGGGGGAGGUGAAUGUGAGUCAGGAUGAAUUGAAUUCACUAUUGGAGGCAGCCGAAGCAUUGCAGAUACGGGGGCUGUGUGGGUCUGAUCAGUCAACUUCGACAGCAGCAGCUGUGCCUCGUUCCAAUCCUCCCCAGGAUUCUGGGUCUGUGUCAACUGCAACACCAAGUGACCGGGACUCACCACCAGCAAAGAGGCCUCGUAGGUCGGCGGAUGAGGAUGACAGUGGAGGAACUGGUCCAGUGCUAGACAGCGGACUGACAGAGAGAGAAAGGAGUAGCAAUGGUGCUGCUGCGUGUGAGAAGAAGGACAUAAAACAAGACAUAAAGCAAGAGCCAGACACGGACGAUAACUUUGCAGAAACAGAAGUUGAUGAUGAGAGACAAGAUGAUCAUUACGCCAAUCAUGAACCUCAGGAUGAUUCGGACAGCAAAGACCCUCCACCAUCUCCUCUGGAUGUACCUGGUCCAUCAGGGCAGUCCAUCAUUUCUUCUCACCAUGCGGUCAACAGUGAAAAAUCAACAACAGAUCUGGGUUCAGCACUAGCACUGCAGAAUGUGAUGUGUGUCCUGAAGCCACAGCAACAGGCUCAAAUGCAGCAAUCUAUGCCACAGUUUGCAGCCAUAUUGCCAGCACCCAGUGGGAACAGCAGUCUCAGCAACAGUGCUGACAGUAAGGAUAUUAGUCACAUUUCAGCUGCAUUACAGCAUUCUACUCCCACAGUGCGAGUUCGCCGUUCAGAAGAAGAACUGCAAAAGGCAGCGGAGUGCGUGCAGAAAGGGAUGACCUUCCAGAAUGUUUCAGACAUAUUUAAUAUUCCAAUCUCGACAAUACGUUUCUACAUGGCACGGCGAGGCAUACUUCCACAGAGACGGCGGGGCCGUGUUUCAAAUUCUGGAGCUACGCCAGUUGCCUCGGCACAUGCACAGCCACCUUCAUACAUGCUAUUGCACUACAAACUGCCUGAUAUGGGCCAAGGUCAACAGCAGUUGCCGGCUCCUGGCCAGGUCCAUAUUCAGCAGCAACAGCAACAACAACAACAGCAGCAGCAGCAGCAACAGACAUCUGGAACUGUCACUGUGCCAACAACUGCCUCUGUUGGAUGGAAGACUUCAGAUAAUUGAACCAGAGCACUAUAUUGGUAUGGGCUGGUGAGUCUCACCUGACUUGUAGACAGCCUGACAGCAGACAUGCUAUGAUAUUUAGUUCCCUGUUCAUUUUCAGACUUCAUGCCAUUUGUGACUCGGACAUUGUGUUUUACCACUUAAAAACUGAGAUGUAAGUUCUAUUAUAAGCAGCUGUUCACAUAAUUUCUACUUUUUAGAACCAUAUAAGUUAAAAUAAUGUAAUAUUUCUCGAGUUUUGUUUUUGAGUAUGAGGAGAUGUGUUUAAAAUUGAAGAACUGGAGCAUCAUUUUGAGUAGGUUAUACAUUUCAUGCUGUACUGUAAAUAGUAUCACAAGAGACAAAAACAUUGUAGGUUAGUGAAAGAAAUAUUUUAAUGCAGUUUGGAAGAAUUUUUGCUGGUAUAUUCCUGCAUUUUAAUGAACUUAACUGGAAGGGAGGGUAGAUAGGACAGAUUUUUUUAAAUUUUUUCCUCUCUAUGCUGUAUCAUGCUGUAAAUUGUGUUGCGCAUAGAAAAUAUAUUUAUUAGGUUUCUUUUUUUUUUCUUGCAGAGUUUUUUCUCUGAAUAUGUCACCUUAACUGUGCAUGCAUUUUUGCUACUGUAUUUGUGUGAUGUGAAUCUCGUUUGUAACUUUACUCUUUUUUUAUUGCUGAUCUGAAGUAUAAUUAAUGGAGACAUUAAGCAUUAGUCUGUAGAUUAAUGUUGUUAAUGCUGUUUCGUAUUUUCUCAGUUAUCUUGUAACAGUUAAACAUUUUAGUUGUUACAAAUUUGUUUCAUGUGUCAGUGGCAAAUGGGCACAAAAUACAUUUGUGAAUGUCCAGAUGAGGAUAUAAUAUUGAAUGAAAGAUAGCCAUGACCAGUCAUGAAGUCAAAGUAAUUUGGUGGCUGUUGGUAGACAAAUAUCACAACGUUGAGUAUCCAUAGUGGUUUAUGGCUAAACAGUUACAUACUAGCCAUGAAUAUUUACAGAUUUCUGUUUUAAAGAAUUGAUGGACUGUCUUCUGAAUUUUUGUGUUUUUAAAACAGUAUUUUCUGUGCAACUGAGAGGUCUACUCAUUCUCUAUAGCGUAUUCUUCAUCGUACAUUUAAUGUAUUUGGUUAUUAAAUGACUUAGCACAAAUAUGUUAAUCGUGGCUUCUUGCCAAUGGAGGCUUUUUGCUCACCAUUAAUGAUGACAGUGCAGUACUUAACUGAUAAUUUUUCUAAGUAUUGAAUGGUCAUGGCUUUCUGCUGUACCAUAUUUAUUGUGUGAGGCACAUUUGUAUGGAAGGUAAUAAAUGUUUUCAUAUAUGAACUAUUUUUAUUAGAGUUCUGCACAUUGUUGGAGUAGCCUGAAGAGUACUGUGUAAACAUGUCGGAACAGCAUACACCAAAUGAUAUUACAUGUACAUACUGUUGUCCUGUACCAGAGCACCAUUCUUUGGUAUGUUGAUGUCAGCUUGCAAUUUUCAGUGGUUGCAAUAUAACACUACUCACAUGCUUCUGUUCCUGGAACAAGUGUCUACUUAUAAUAGGGAAGUUAUAAGUAGUUGUUGGCCUUUGACAGGAAAUUGUAUUGGAUGUUAAGUAACUGUAGAGGCAAUAAGUGUUUAUUUUGGUUUGUUUUGAAAUGUUUAAAGGGGUACACGUAGCUGCAGCAUUGUUGGCAUUACCUGUAACAUUCUAUUGGGUGGUCAGCCAGUAUAAUAUUUAUAAAAGUUUAAAAUUAUGUGUCUGAUAGUCCAGUAGGCAACCUUGAAAAUGCAGUAAUUAUUUCAAGACACUUUGUGUUACACCUAGUUUUAAAAAAGUUUUGGACAAUUGGUACUUUUAAUGUCUCUUGUACCUUUGGAGUUAAAGCAACAUAUUGAAGUUGAAAUUGAAAAAUGUUUUGCAACAUAGUCUGAGUGAAGUGUGGGUUGACUCUUCAAAGGAAGAAGAUGAUGAUGAUGAUGAUGAUGAUGAUGAGCUGAAAAAUUUCAAUUUGCAGUAUUAAUCGUGUUCUGAAAGUAGAGGCUUUUGUUUGUUACAUUGCUUUUUUUGUUGUUAUGCUUUAUCUUAUCACUGUUGAAUACCCACAGAGAAAACUGCAGGCCACUGGAUUUUUGAAGAUGGCAAUUAAUUUAAGGAUGGAAAUGGCUAACAACUCAGAGAAGUAGUAUGCCGUUGACAGUUGUUUCAGUUUUGUGAUGGUGAUUAGUCGGUAAAUGCUUUUCAGAGAGAUCAAUGAACUCAGUAUUCAAUUGUAACAUAUUCAAAAUGAAUUGUUGUGUAGUCAGCAACCAAUAUUUGUUGCAGAAUGUGUCUUGUGUGGCAUUUGUAAGUGAAACUGUAUAUGUGAAACUAGUAUUAACUCUUAAGUAGAAACAUAGAUAAUAUUUUCAGUAUUUGUUUUAUUGCUUGCUGGACAGUUUUUACUAGCCUGUUAAAAUGUCAUAAGCAACUGAACUGUGUGUUGUCUUUGGUCUGUUGACAGAGAAAGGUUGAUUUUAUACAAACAGCUUGAAGUGUUCUGUUCGAGUGGUAUUGUGUAAUUAUAUAUAGACUUAUGAUUCACUGUUAUAACAAGUGGAUUGUCAAAUACCUCAUACUGAAAAAAAGUGUUUAUCUUUUUUAUAGAAUGAAACUAGUUAUUCAGUAUUUAUCAAAGUCAUUAGUAUCUGAUAAAAUUUACUGAACGUCAAACAUGAAAUCUUAAUAAAAAAAAAAAAAGCCUAAAUAUAGGGAAAAAGCCCUAGAAAG